CAUUCUCAACAGUCUCCGAGGGAUGCAGCAAAUUGUAACUGGAGGGUUGCUGGCCUGACAUCCCUGAUAGAUUGUGAGCCUUCAUCCUCAGUUAACAAGCUGAAACAAUGGCCGACUGGAGUUUUCUGGGGAGACUAUUAGAAAAUGCUCAAGAACACUCAACAGUUAUUGGCAAGGUUUGGUUGACAGUGCUCUUUAUCUUCCGGAUCCUGCUACUAGGAGCUGCAGCAGAAGAGGUUUGGGGGGAUGAACAGUCUGGCUUCACUUGCAAUACGCAGCAACCAGGUUGUGAGAAUGUCUGCUAUGACAAAGCAUUUCCUAUUUCUCACAUUAGGUUCUGGGUCCUCCAGAUUAUUUUUGUGUCUACUCCUACCCUUAUCUACCUGGGUCAUGUCCUGCACAUUGUGCGAAUGGAAGAAAAGAGAAAAGAGAAAGAAGAACUAAAAAAGUGUAUUAAAGGUGCCAGUGAAAAGGAAGACUUAAGUGAGGGUGGUGAAAUGAAGGAAAAGCCACCGAUAAGAGAUGAGAGGGGAAAAAUUAGGAUAGGUGGUGCCCUUCUUCGCACUUAUGUCUUCAAUAUCAUCUUCAAGACUUUGUUUGAGAUUGGCUUUAUUGUAGGACAGUAUUUCUUAUAUGGUUUUCAGCUAAAACCGCUAUACAGGUGCAGUCGUUGGCCUUGCCCUAACACCGUGGACUGUUUUAUUUCACGGCCGACGGAAAAGACCAUUUUUAUCAUAUUUAUGCUUGUAGUGGCUUGUGUGUCUCUUUUGCUGAAUGUGUUAGAGAUAUAUCAUCUGGGGUGGAGGAAACUCAAACAGGGCAUGACAAACAGAUAUAUCCUUGAUCCUUCUUGCAACAAAUCAGAACCUCCGAGUCCUCAAACUCUCCCAUCUAGCAUGCCCUUUCCACCAUACUACACUGAUGUGGCAGCUGAACCUCCAGUUUUGCAUUAUGCAUAUACCAGGUCUUCUGCCCCAGACUUCAAAAUGAUAACUGUGCCAGAAGCUCUAGAGUCUCCUUCUCCGAUGAGUCACCAUGAAAAUCUCAUAGUAGCAUCUGAGCAAAACUGGACCAAUCUAGGAGUGGAUCAUGAGAGAAUGUCUGGGUCAAGCAGUGGCAGUUCUUCUAGUGCCACUAGUUCUGCUUUAGACAGUCUAAGAAAUGAUGGAGGAGGUGAGGAGAUUCUAACAACAGAAGCCAGUGGAAGCAGUGCAAGGGCAGAAGACAGACCAGUAACCACCAUGGUGGAAAUGCACCAGCCACCACUCAUGGUAGAUGAGAGAAGACUCAGCAGGUCUAGCAGGUCUAGCAGGUCCAUCAGUAGCAGAGCCAGGUCAGAUGACUUAGCUGUCUAGCAGAGGAAAGUGAAGCCGGCAAGAAAAGUAUCAGUACAUAAGUUGCUGGGUUGACAAGAAA